CCCAAUGUCUUUUUAGUGGUUAAAGUAUUUUUAAAAUCAUGAGCACAGCAAAUGAAAAAGAUAUACUUUUCUUGUCUAAAAAAGCAGUUACAUAUGACAUCUCUAGAAAUUUUGAUGCUGCAAUAUAUUUUUACAAUGAAGCUGUAAGAUUACUUAAAGAAAUCAAAGGCCUUUCUAAAAUACCAAAUAUCACUCAAAAAAUAGAUGAAUAUUAUAAGAGGGCUGAGGAACUGGAAAAAUCGAAAAUUUUUAUCAAAGAAAAAGCUAAUAGUAAUAAUAAGUUAGAUAAUAAUACAUUGUUUCUUGAACGAAUUAAUUUUAUGCUGCUGGAGGCAUUAGAACAAGAUAAUGCAGAUAAUUUUAAAGAAGCUUUAGAAUUAUAUCUAGAAGCUGCUGAUUUAUGUAUCAAGGAUAAAAAGCAAUGCAAUAAUGAACUUUUGAAAACAAAAUUAACUCAUCUAGCUAGUAAAGCUGUGGAAAGAGCUGAAAAUAUUAAAGAAAUGAUUGUUGAAAAAACUUUAAAAGACAUAUACCCUAGAAAUAAUGAAAAUAUAUUACCAGUUUGUAAUGAUUUGGAUAACUUAUUGAUUGAUGAUUUUGAUACUGAACACAAAUUUCCUGACAUUGUUAAUGACAUUAAUAAAAAUUUUAAGAAAAGACAUUCAAUUUAUUCAAAGCAAGAGAUUGGCGUUUUAAGACACACAUCCUGCAUAAAUGGCAUACUUUAUCCUCCUUUUCUUGAUGAUUUUGACUCCUUAACCAGUGAACAUCCCAAGGUUGGGGCUCCACUUUUGAGAGGUGAACGAUUCUCUUUUGGCCCUGCACCUUUCUCUGAUCCCCAAGGACCCUUGGCUCUCUCCCCAAAGCAAAUGAUACACUUUGCCUCAUGGGCUCGCCCAUCACAGCUGGCGGUGGGAUCGACCCCCACCCUCUUCCCUCCCUUAAAAGUGAUUGGAGGAUGGGCAGGUCCUUACUAUCCCGCUCCGGACUGGGCCGCCGUCAGACAGACUCUAGUAUCGGACUGCAGUUUUGUGGCAUCACUUACUGUUUGUGCUCUUCACGAGGCUCGAUUUUUCUCCACCUUUGGCCGAACAAUGCUACCCAACCGAGGCGCAAAAAGGCGUUACAGACCGCUAAUAUCGAACUUGAUUUACCCUCGGGAUCGGGCCGGUCUUCGGUCAUUAUACAACCCAUGCGGAAAAUACGUGGUCAAGUUACUUUUGAACGGCGUGCACCGGAAAGUAGUCGUCGACGACACGCUACCCGCCGAUAAGCACCUCUUUCCCCUUUGCUCUUACAGUGUUGGAUCUACCAAGGAAAGGAUUAAGGCGGAAAUUAACAACCGAGAGGAUGGAACCUUCACAGGACUCAGCGUUAACGAAUUUUGGGUGUCGAUCUUGGAGAAGGCGUAUCUAAAAGUCAUGGGAGGAUACGAUUUUCCUGGAUCGAAUUCAAAUAUAGAUCUGCAUUGCUUAACUGGAUGGAUACCAGAAAGAGUUUCGAUAGACAAAUCACAAAGUCAGAGUCAUCAACGAAUAAUGGAAGACGAAAAAUUCUGGGAAAUGUUGCUUAAAAAGUUUCACGAAGGAGAUCUACUGGUCACUUUAGCGACUGGGGCCUUAACGAACACGGAAAGCGAAAGAACGGGUCUUAUAGCUACUCACGCUUAUGCUUUAGUAGACGUUCGGAAAGUUGAGGGUUACAAAUUGUUCCGCCUUAAAAACCCUUGGAGCCAUGUGAGAUGGAAAGGGAAUUUUAGCGAAAGCGAUAGAACCCAUUGGGAAGAUCCCGUUUUGGGACCAAAACUGAAAAAGGCCCUCAGUUAUGAUAUAACUAUACGAGGAACUACGGAAAACGAAUUACCCUACCCCGACUCGAAAGGAGGUGAGGAUGAUGGUCUGUUUUGGAUAGACUGGAAAAGUGUCAGGAAGUUUUUCGAUGUAUUUUACCUCAACUGGGACCCCCUUCUCUUUCCUUUCACUACCUGUCGCCACGAAAUGUGGUCUAAGUCUCCCAAUCAAGGACCUAUCACUAAUAUUGAACCGACUUCUUUCAAAGAUACUUAUAUUUUGGCGGGAAAUCCUCAGUAUAAGCUGUGUAUAGAACAACACACCACGGAGGAAGGACUUACUCAAAUUAAUGAGGGAGCCAUUUGGGUCUUACUCACACGCCACAUUACCGAAAAAGAAGAUUUUGCUUGCAACAAAGAGUUUAUAACGGUUCUGGUUUACAAUACCAAUGGGGAGAAGAUAUAUUACCCAUACGACCCUCCACCUUUCAUAGACGGAGUUAGAAUAAAUUCCCCUCACUAUUUGUGUAAAAUGGUAGUCACCCCACCGAAAAGUUAUACGCUUGUCAUUUCAGAGUACGAAAAAUGUAACACUAUCUAUUACACACUGAGAGUUUAUUCCACGCUUCCUUUCACUUUAACUAAGAUUGAAGACCCAUAUACUCAUAUUAAAGAAUUUAGCAAUAGUUGGAAAGGCUACACAGCUGGUGGUUGCUCCAAUAACCCUGAGACUUAUUACUUAAAUCCAAGUUACAGGCUCAAAAUUACUAAAAAAAUCAAUAUUUCUUCUAAUAACCACCAAUUGUUGGUAACUCUUAAAGCUCCCAAAGAAUAUAGUAUAGGUAUAGACUUGUAUUCCUUCGAUAAAGAAUCAAAUAAGCGUAUCAACAAAAUUUCUUCCGGCCCUUUUCGGUCUGGAUUUAGUAUACUUAAAGUAGGUGGCUCGGAGCUGAAAAACGAAUCCCAAAUUUUUGACAUCAUUCCUUCUACUUACUUACCAGCUCAAGAGGGUCCUUUUAUUCUAACGAUUCAAGCAACUUUUGACUUUGAAGCCGAUUUGAAUUGAAUCAAAAAAAAUCUGAUCAUAUAAAAGAAUUCUAAAAAUAUACCCUAUCAAACAAUUUCUAUAUUCUCAGUUAAAUUUUUAAAUGUAUUUUAUUAUCCAAUUACAAAUGAUAUAUAAAAUUUUAUUUUACAAAGUCUCAAUCAAACGAUUUUGUAUUCUUCAAUCUUCUUUUUUUUAUUACUUGCAAGUUUUUUUUUUAAAACUACCAAUU